CCCACGCCGGCAGCUGCCGCCGCCCAUCGCCGUUCGGUCCAGUUUUCGUGGAGUGAGUGAGCGCCGGGAUUGGGACAGGGGACGAGGCAGGGGACGACGGGGCUCUCGUCGACGAGAGAGAGAGGAGAGGAGAGCGAGAGAGUUAAGGGACGAGGUGGACUGCGGGACCGAGGCGUUCCGUUCCGUUCCGGGGUCGGGGGUCGAACCGGAUUGCCAUGUGACGCAGGCAAUGCAGCGGUCGUAGUAAUUCGAGCGUCGGUGGCAGCGCGAGCUGUUGUCGCCCGUUGUUGGCGCGUCUGACCAUCUCCCUCCGGCAUUGCGUUGCAUUGCAUUGCGCUGCAUUGCGGCUCGGCUCAGAUUUUGGUGCGGGGACUCGCUGCGUCUCGUCGAGGAACGAGGGCGAGUGAUUGAGCUCCGGGAGGGGAGGGGAGGGGAGGCAAUUUCAUGGUCGAGGGCGAGGAGCGUUCAUGGAGGUGCGGCCGAGUGGGGGCGUGAAAGGGGCCUUGGUGGGUCGAAGGGACUGACAGUGCGGCGAGGUGUUUUUGGGUGGCGGAGAGACACUUUCUUGGACCGACGACGACGACGACGACGACGCGCUGGGAUGAUGGCCUGCUGGGACGAGAAUCGAGCCGCCCGGAGGUGCCAGUGCCUUGAGCUGCAAUCUGACUCCGGCUCUAAGCCUGCGGGCUUCGAUUAUGAUGUGCUGCCACACAAUGCCUCGGGAGAUAGCUUGCGUCCCUUUUGAGAGUCCGUCGUGCGUACUGACUGACUUGCUUGUGCAUGACGCUCCUUUGUGCCAACUUCGUCGUCCGAGCGCCGGGGAGAGGGAGAGGACUUGCGUUCGGGAUCAGGCCAAUUGCUUCGUUCACAGCAGCCUAGAUAAUGAUAGUUCGGGUGGCCUUAUUUAGUAUAGACGUUUUCAUCGAUGCGGAGUUGAGCCGAGCAUUAUUGGUGAAGGGAAGCGCAGGUUAAGUUUGGAGUUGCUCAGUUUCAUCAGUUGAGCCAGUCGUAGUCAUGGAAUGGGUGGUGAUCGGAGAGAUAGCCAAUGUUGUUCAGAUCUCGGCUUCUUUGAAGCUCAUAUACUCCAUAGUGGCAGCUGCCAGCAAUGCUCGAAUGCACAAGCGGAACUGUCGCCAGUUCGCGCAGCAUUUGAAGCUCAUUGCGAACUUGCUGGAGCAGCUGAAACCUCAGGAUGUGGACGAGUAUCCGGAGUACAGGGACACGCGGGAGCCCCUGGACCACCUCGAGCGCUGCUUGAAGAGGGCCUUGACUUUGGUUGAGAACUGCCGAGAUAAGAGCUACUUGUACUUGAUUGCCAUGGGUUGGCACAUCGUUAAUCAGUUCAAGGACUAUCAGUAUGAGAUUGACAGAUAUCUGCGACUCAUUCCUCUCAUCAGUCUGGUGGAAAAUCAUCGAGAAAAACUGCGAGCUAUUGAGAAGGAUCGGCGUGAGUACACGAUGGAUGACGAGGAAAAGACAAUAUACACGACUCUUCUGAAAGAUGACAGGACGAUAGCAGAUUCUGCUAUCUUACAGAGGUCUCUGUCUAGGAGUUAUCCGGGUUUGGGCUUAGAAAGAGCUCUCCGAGAAGAGAACGAGAAGCUGCGUCUUGAGCUGCAGCAGAUGCAAGCAAGAAUGGAGUUGGAUCAGUGUGAUGUCAUAGAGCAUCUUAUUGAAAUUACGGAGGAAGUGAGCGUCAUUCCGACCGAAGAUCAACCGUCAGGAAAUGAUAACCUCGAGCACAUAGAUCCCAACACCGCCAUUGUUCCACAUGUGUCCAACCAUGCUCAUGCAAAUCAUGGACAUCAUGCAAUUCAUGCCCAUGUGAACAAUUCGGAACUACCAGACCCUGCACACAGAAGAACCAGACCUCCUCAUCCUCCUCCACAUCGGAAACCACCUUCACCCGUUGUACGGAACGAGGUUACCAGCUCGCAGGUGGCCCAAUUGCCCUUGUCGGAUGCUGUCGAAACUAGAGCGGUGGAGACUAGUGAAAAUAACAAUGGGGCUCGAAGGUUUGACAGGUCUAGACUGCCCAGACAGUGGCACAAUUCACUUUAUGAUUGCUGGUUCGACCCCUUUCUAUGCAUAUCUACAUUUCUUUAUCCUUGUGGCACGUUCACAAAUAUCGCUGCUGUUGUCACUGACGGAGAGAUCUCCCAAGAGACUGCUUGCCAUGAUCUAGCCUUUCAUACGCUUUAUCUAGGCUGCUGCUUGUACACCUGCUGCUUCAGACGGAAACUGCGGAAGCGCUUCAAUAUACCUGGAGGAACGUGCGAUGAUAUGUGGGCGCACAUUUUGUGCUGCUGCUGCUCGCUGGUGCAAGAGUGGCGUGAAAUUCAAGCUUGUGAGGAAGAAGGUUUGAAUAUGUACAAACAAAGCGUGAGAGCACCGGCGCAACAAACGAUGGAAAAUUAUCGACCCAGACCAAAUCCCAACAACCAGGAAGUGUACCUUGGCUAGCUGGCUCGUGUUGGUAGUUAGGCUGUAAAUCAUUAGUUGGAGAGGUAGAAUUAGGAAUUAUAUCCUUUGUGGUGUACAAUCUGCGGUCGGUCGCAUCGUCUAUGACGAGCACUCAUACAGCCCUUUCAUGAUAUAGUUUGGCUCAAUGUGGGCGGGCCUCUCUACCUGGCAUUAAUUGAUGGGUGAAAAUUCGAGCUUCGGUUCAUCCAGCUCGAUGACCCCGAGGUGCUGGGUCGUUACCAGUGUUACAGUUGUAGUCUAGAGGAUAUGUUCAAUAGUUUUGAAAGCUAAUCACGCGCUUUGGUUUUAUCCGUAAUUUCUUUGGGCUGCAUAUGAGCAUUUUCUGCAGGAGGCAUAUCGCAGGCAGUCUGAAAGGUAGAGAGAUCUCAAUAUUAACACUUAGGUAAUUCUUGGGGAAAAUCACAACCAAAGCAGAAGUCCUGCAGAGUCUAUUCUGCGCGACUUUGCUAUUGGUACAUUCUUUUCGGCAUGUAGUAAACAAGUUUUGUUUGGCAGCGUUGAACCUUUUCAGCAAGGUAGCGUCGUGGUUGAUUUACAACUGUGGAUAUAUCGGUUUCAAGAGUUGUAUAAUACGUGCGUAGUUACCACCGAAGGUAUGAGCUGCUGAGCAUUCAGAGCAGAUAUGUUGACAGUUGUUGACAUUUCGUGACAAACAUUAAUCGCUAUUCGAUACGCUUUGGUUUGCAAGAAGGUUUUGAGUAGGAUAGUCGAUGAUAUGUUGAUAACAAUACUGGAUAAAUUUCGGUGUCGCCUUUGCAUG